CAAAAUAUAUAAACAAUUCGCACACAACUACAUUUAAGCAGUUGCACACAUAUUUACACAAUUGACAUAUAAAACGCGAUGGAGGAUUUAAUGGAUGAUUUGAGAAAGAGUAUUGUCAACUUUGCUGGCAGCAGUCCUGAGAGCACAGAUGAAACUGAAGAUAAGUCCGAAGAGGAAGAUGAGGAUGCUGUUGUUAUACCAUUUCCACUACCCACACAAAAGGAUCCUUCCAUCUGUCGCGAUGAGUUUCUGAAGAAUCUGCUAAAGCCUUAUAAAAUCAAAACCAAGCAUGAGCAUGAGCAAAUAAUGUUGCAGCAAACAAUUGUGGCGAGACCCUUGGCCUCCAUGACAGGUGAGGCUAUGGGCAUUAUGAAAAUGCUGCAGGAAGCCAAUACAGGCAGGUUGCGUAGCACCAUAUCGCAAUAUUCAAAAAUAACGCUGACUGAGGAGGAAAAGGAGUCACUGCAUCGAGCUUGCCUGGUGCAGUUCCAAAAGGCCGCCGUUGAGUUUUUGUCGGUGCGUCUGACCAAACAGCUGGACACAUUUCUACAGGUUUGGCCAAAUGAAAUAGAUGAAAUACCGCAUCGUCUCUUUCAUUGGUCGGUCGAGCACUUUCUACGCCGACAAAAGCUCAGUCAACUCUAUUUGGGUGUGCUGGUGAUGGAGAAGUCCCAGCAUGAAUUGGACUGCACCAAAUUUGCCGUUGAUCUGAUAGAAAUUAAGCGUUUGAUAUCUGCAAUCAGAGAAGAUUUUCGCAACAAUGAAGACUUGUGUGUGGGCGCAUUGGCGCAGCUAAAGCUUUCGGACUAUGAGCGUACUGCAGAUUGGGUAGCUGAGCUCGAUGGUUUGCGUGAGGCUCAUCGAGAAUUGCAAAAACUGCAUGAAUCACCUGAAACUUUCGAUAGACAUUCGGAGCUUUUGAAUAGCAACGACUUGGCAGAAGCUCUAAUGCCCAUACAAAUGCGUUAUCGCAUUAACUGGAUGCGCAGCAAUGUGGAGCAGCAUGAAAUGUGGCUGGAUGCCAAGGAGCGAGUCUUUCAGGAUGAGCUCGACGAGUUGACAGAGAAAAUGAGCACCGAUAGUCGUUCGUUUCAUUAUGUGGACUUUGUUUAUGAGCAUCAAAUUGAGCGCUAUAAAAACUCCAUUAUCGAAUGGCAGACGCGUCUGGACAACGAUCUGGAGUAUGCCGAGCUGACUUGCAACACUACGCGCAAUAAUUGUGUCAAGGUUAGAGAUGAUCUCAAAUACUAUAGAGAGCAGGUGGAUAUGUUUAAGCGUCGCGUCGAAGAGGUCAACGAGCAAAUUCGCCUAGAGGAAGAGGCCAGAGCAACGACAGAAAUUCGCUUCCUCUCGAAUGUUUCCAACAAGAGUAAGGGCAAAGGCAAAGGCAAGGGUAAGGGCAAGGGCAAAAAGAAGUAAAACUGAAAUUUCGAGUAUUACAAAUAAAACAAACAAAUACUAGGGGUUACACCCCCCGUAUAGUCUACGCCACUGUGCACAAGCUGCAGUGACAAUCAACAAUUUGCUGCUGCCUAAAGGGUUCGAGUUCAUUGGCUUCCAUGGC